UUUAAGACGCAUGCUCAACAAAACCUCCGCAUGUUUAGAUGAUCAAUUUACAAAUGGUUGUUUCGCGUGUUACUUGACAGACAUUAUUUUAUCUUCUACUACAUAUUUUGUGGCCCUAUACUACUAAAUAAAAUUAUUUCACAACAGAUGCCAAGCGUUAAAGAUGAAUCAGAAGCAGAAGGAGAAGAAAUGUCGCACGACAGUAACGAAAGUAAUCAAAGCUCUGCCUCGUGUGAUAGCAGUGCAGAACAUAGCGAUAGCGAUGAUUCUUCGGAAAUGGAUGAAGAUGAAUGUGAAAGGCGACGCAAUGAAUGUAUGGAAAACUUAGUUGAUUUAGAAAGACAAUUUACUCUUCUUAAAGAGCAGCUGUACCGUGAAAGAAUUACUCAGGUAGAUACAAAAUUAGGAGAAGUUCGGGUUGGAAAAUCUGAAGAAUAUUUAGUGCCAUUGGAACGUUUAAAAGAAAAUAUGAAAACAAAAACAGAAGUAGCUGGAAUACUAAAACAGUAUAGAUUACAAAAUAUACAAAACAAAUUUCUAGCAGAAGAACAGGCAGCAUUACAAAAUUUUGAAAGUGAAAAGGAGUUAAUCUGGGAUUGUAUUCAUAAUGAUUUACAAGAAAAGAUCCGCAGAUUAGAAGAAGACAGAAACAAUGUUGAUAUUCAUGCAGAUCUGUGGCUAAAUUCAACUGGUAGAAGACGUAGAAAUCACACUGAAAGGAGAAGAGCUGUUACCGUUGCUGGCCCUUACAUCGUUUACAUGCUAAAUGAUGCAGAUAUCCUCGAGGAUUGGGCAUUGAUAAAGAAAAGCCUAAGCAGCCGGAAAACUGAAAUAAUUUAAUAUUAAGCAUAAAUAUCAAAAAUUGUCUAAUGCAAUAGUCUUAAUGACGUGAAUGUAUUGCUCUUAUAUAAAAAUCAAAUGUCUAACCAAUCUAAGAGCAACCAUUGCACUCAUUUUGCAAUAAUGGCAACUUCUUUACAUUUAUAAUGCUUGUAUAGGGUGCCUUUCUAUAUAAAACUUUGAUCUCUACAGAACCAUUUUGAUCUACAUUCAAAUAUGUGUGACCCGUGGGAUAAUUCCACGAUACAAUACUUAUGCCUUUCAGAAACAAUUUAUGAACUGAUAAAUAUUAAUCACUUGUGAAUAUAGUUUUAAAUUUAGGAAUGCAAUAGUUAUACUUUAAUAUUAAAGUAACGUAAUGUUAAUUGUAAAAACUAAUUUAAGUAAUCGUUGCAUACAACAUUAACUACAUACAGUUUAUUUAUAAAUGAUUUUGUAAAAUAAGUUUCUCGAUAAUAUCAAAAUUACAUGUAUACUUUCUGAAUUUAAAGAUCGCAAAAAUCUUCAGUACAAAAUUUGUUUACGAAAUUGCAUUUUGAAGACCAAUUCUUUUCAUUUUCGACGAUGUUAUAUCAUUGUUCGUGUACAAAUUGUAUCAUAAUAAUUAAAUAUAUUACAUAUUUUUGAAUAAACUUUCGACAAAAAUAACGUUGUUAUUUAUAAAA